AUGAACAUCCUCAACCAUACCACGCACCCAAUCCUAACCCUAACAGCCGCCUUCACAGGCUGGAAGACCCUCCUCCUCUCGAUAGCAAUCGGCGCAUCCAUCGGCCCAGACUACGACACGUCGACGUCGUUGUUUUUCGAGGCUGUGCACGGAGACGACGCACCUGGACACGCUUCCCUCGCUGCGAGGCUGACGAGGUGGGAUGCAUUGUAUUUUAUGCAUGAUGCGCACGUUGGAAAGGUUUUUGAGCAGGAGUGGGCUUUUGGUGUUGGGUUGCCUGUUGUUGUGCGCGGUGUGAGGCAUCUUUUGGGUGUUGAUGCUUUGGAGGCUACCGUUGCUGUCGUCGUUUCUCACGUCUCGCAUCUCAUUGCCGUGUUGGCGUUGUAUCAACUCACUGUUGUACUCUUUGGAAACCGGAGACUUGCGUUUCUGGCGGCCGCUGUGCACAUCUUCUCACCAGCGGGACUGUUCUUGUCCGCUCCAUACGCCGAGGGCACGUUUUCGUGCCUUUCGUUUAUUGGAAACCUUCUCUUUGCCAUCAGCUUCAAGAAUGGCCCAGACUCUCUUCAACGAAACGCCGCUGUUGUGGGAGCAGGUUUGGCAUACGGCAUCUCCGCAACCUUUCGGAGCAACGGGCUCUUUGGCGGCAUCCUUUUUGCCGUUGAGGCUAUCAAGAACCUUCUGGCACUUACCAACGGCUUCACCAUCUCCAAGGUUUUGAGGCUUGUUGCCCCUGUGAUUGGAGGUCUGCUUGUCGCUGUUGGGUUUGUUGCACCGCAGGUGAUUGCGUGGAUGAGAUAUUGUAAUGUGGAAGGGGAGCUGCGACCUUGGUGUGUGCGUCUCAUGCCGAGCAUUUACACCUUUGUCCAAGAAGAAUACUGGGACGUCGGCUUCCUCAAGUACUGGACCCCCAACCAGAUCCCCCUCUUCCUCCUCGCAGCCCCAAUGCUCACGCUGCUAAUAAAGUCUGGCACUGAGUUAAUGGGCGAGUCAAACCUAAGCCUCAGGGCUACAGACUCGCAGGGCCGAGUUCUGGUUCGCACACUGGCGGGCAUGCAGACUCUACUCGCCGUCUUAGCCAUCACCAACUACCACGUCCAGAUCAUCAGCCGGCUAUCUUCUGGCUACCCAGCAUGGUACUGGUGGGUAGCCUCAUGCCUUAUGGAUGAGAAGAGAUCAAGCCUGGGCUACGGCAUCGUCGUCUUCAUCACCAUGUACGCAGCGAUCCAGGGGGGGUUGUUUGCGUCGUUUCUACCUCCAGCUUAG